CUCUCUUUUCCUGUAUUUUCAGGAUCAUCCUCGUGGUGCUGUAUAAAAGCAACGCACGGAGAUAAAUCACGUAACAGUCUAACUAUUGUCCUGCGGUAGCGUGGAAGGAUAAUUCUGUGCGUCAAGCAAGCAAGCAGUAUCCGUGAGCCUCAAUCUCAACGUCGCCGCCGACGUGCACACACACACAAAAUGCAAGCAAACACGGCCGAACUACUGCCGGCAGGCGAUCCGUUGGGUGUUUCGUGGAACGGGAUUCCCUUUGGCUACGGCAGCGAGUACGGCGGUUUGCCCAGUUCCGAUUGGAUAACACCGCUGGCAGCGGAGCUGGAAAGCGUUCCACAUGGUUGUGGCACUGUGGCAUCGCAGCAAAAGGAUUACUACCAACCGAUGAUCGGCAGUGGAAUGCAUCGCAUCUCCCCGCUCAACUCAUCGAGCGAAGCGGUCGAGACCAACUCCAGCGAGCAUGCGUAUCCGCCCUUUGCGGUAUCGUAUCAUCAUCCUGCUUACCACCAUCAUCACCAUCAUCAGCAUCAUCAGACGGUGAACUAUGGGGCCAAGUGCUAUCCACAUAUUCAACAGUCCCAGCAGCACCAGCAGCAGCAACAAUUGAAGCAAGAGCACCAACCGUCGAGGAAGAUCCCAACGAACGGAUCACGGUACGUGCCGAAUGGUUAUUACACGCCGAACGGGCGUACGUCCGCAACCGAUGGUGGAUCGCCCAUGCCACAGCCGAGCCUGUACCCCUCCCCACCGGUACAAUCGCACCCGGCAGAAGAGUCCAGCUACAGCGGCAAACUGUACAGUGGUGGCGGUGGUGGUUUGCAGUACAUGAGCGGCGAUCAUGUUCCGCCACCACCGACGAUGAGCUUUUCCGGCCACACGGAUCCUGCGCUGUCCACCCUGUACAGUGGUAGCGAUCAUUACCAGCCGUAUAGUGUGUCCUCCAUAGGGUACGAGGAGAGUGGGACGCCGGCGUUUUCGGCCGCCGCACUCUCCCCGGCAAUGGAAUCCACGCUGGCACCGCAAAAGUAUGAAGCAUGGAGCUCGGAAUCGUCCGUCAUGCAGCCGAUGAUGUCACCGAUGGGCUACCCGCUGCUCGGCCAUGCCCAUUCGCUAGCGAUAAAGCAGGAGUACAUUCCGCCGGCCUACAUCAGCCCAUCGCCCUCCUCGAUGGCCGGCGGGAGCAGCAUCAAGACGGAGCUCAUGUCCGAAACAUCCCGCUCACCACCGCCGGAGAGUGAUCGGCCGCCGACGGACGGAGUUGUGAUGGCACAUCAGUCCCAACCACUACCACCGACAGCCUGCCCUUCGCCCCAGCCGCUGCCAGUGGUGAAAGCAAAACGAGCACCGUCGGCCAAACCGACCGACACACCGACGGCGGGGAAGAAAUCUACGCGAAACAGCAACAACUACGGCGACCAGUUCGCGUGCCCCGAGUGCAGGCGUACGUUCGCGCGGCAGUGCGGCCUCACGCAGCACACCAAGUGGCACCAUUCGGGCGAGAAGCCGUUCCGCUGCCUCACCUGUGGCAAGUGCUUCAGCGCCCAGACUGCGCUGGACGAUCAUCUCGAGCGGCACACGACCACGGACAAGCCGUACCGGUGCCAGCACUGCCCGAAAGCGUUCUUCCACAAGAACGAUCUGCGCCGGCACGGGUUUCAGCACACGGGCACCGCACCGCACGCCUGCCGGUACUGUUUGAAAACGUUCGCCCGCAAGGACCACUGCCACAGCCACGAGUGCUCGCACGAGCGGAAAAUUCAGCGCAAGGAGCGGAAAUCGAAAGGGUCACGGUCCGGCGUACCGGUCAGCGGUAUGGAGUUGCCGCCGGUGACCAACACGGUGCUGGAUUCCGCGAUAUCGACGCCAGUGGUCGAACUGGCGCUGCAGUUUAUCGAUACGGAACAGAGGAUAGUGGCGUGAAAGUAGUGGGGCGUGAUUUAUAUUUAUAAGGACGACGAUGACGACGAUGACGACUGUUAGAGCACAGUGAUUGAUUAAUUUAUUGAACGAUAAUUGUAAACACACGUAUGUUUGUAACAUUGUGACAAGGGGGCGGCAGUCCGCGACGUACAAAAAUAUGUGAUUGUAUCAUAAGCAAGUAAGGAAUGUAAUUGUAAUUUAGCUUAAAUGACAAUC